AUUACCAAAAAUAUCUGCAAAAUAAUUGAAUUACCCAAUAUAUCCUCCACAUCUCAAAAAUUUCCGCCAUAGCAACCAAGCUCCACCUCCAUCGCUACAUCAACACUACACGUCCGUAAUCAUAAUUGAAUAUCACAAAAACUUAACUAUGCUCUUAAAGUAUGAAGUUUGAGCCCCUACUCUUCUUGCUGAUUUUGUUUUCGCCUUGUUUUCUGGAAAGGUUUUCGUUUUUCUGUAACUGAAGUUUGGUAGCUCCUCUUUAUGUAUGAGAUGAUUCCCAAGUCCUAAUGUUGGUGAAAAAACAUAGGCAGUGAAUGAAGAAUUAUGAAUAGAGAAUGUCAUUAUAUAGUGCCACAACUAGGAGAUGUCUCCUACUUUUAGAGAAAUGCAAGAACAUGAAAGACCUGAAGCAAGCUCAUGCAUCAAUCAUCACAACCGGUCUAGGCAGUAAUAACUUUGCUUUGAGCAGAGUCUUGGACUUUUGCUCAAAACCACAUCAUGGCAAUCCUUUUCAUGCUUGGAAAAUCUUCCAACACAUUCAAAACCCCACCAUUUGUAUUUGGAAUACCAUCUUGAAAGCUUUCUUACUCCACAAUGAACUCAUUCAAACUAUACUUGUGUAUAGAAACUUGUUACAGAGUGGGAUAGUCCCAGACAAUUAUACUCUCCCUUAUGUGUUAAAGGCUUGUUCUAGGCUGAAAAGUGUUCAUCUUGGGGAGUCAGUUCAUGGGCAUGGCAUGAAAUUGGGUCUAGUAUUUGAUUUAUUUGUGGGGAACUCUUUGAUUGUCAUGUACUGUGAGUUUCGUAACAUGGAAGGUGCACGAUACGUGUUUGAUGAAAUGUCUAGCCUUAGUGUGGUUUCAUGGACGGUCAUGAUUUUUGGGUAUGCAAAGGUAGGGGAAGUUGACAAUGCAAGACUGUUCUUUGAUGUGGCUCCUGUGAGAGAUAAGGGGAUAUGGGGGGCAAUGAUUUCGGGGUAUGUUCAGAAUGCUUGUUUUAAGGAAGGUCUUCACUUGUUUCGUUUGAUGCAACUCACUGACAUAGAGCCUGAUGAGGCCAUCUUUGUGAGCAUUCUUUCUGGUUGUGCUCAUUUGGGAGCUUUCGAUUUUGGGAUAUGGAUCCACAGGUAUUUGGAUCGUCUUGGUUUGCCCUUAAGUAUUCGGUUGAGUACAGGUCUUAUAGACAUGUAUGCUAAGUGUGGGAAUUUGGAUUUAGCUAAGAGGAUUUUUCAUGAGAUGCCACAGAAAGACACUGUUUGCUGGAAUGCCAUGAUUUCGGCAAUGGCAAUCAAUGGAGAUGGAGAAGCUGCACUCGAACUAUUUCGAGAUAUGGAGAAGACAGGCGUUCAACCAGACGACAUCACCUUUAUAGCCAUUUUUACUGCUUGUAGCUAUUCAGGUAUGGCAUAUGAAGGCUUGAGGAUGUUUGAGAAAAUGCGUGGUGUGUACAGAAUUGAACCCAAAACUGAGCACUAUGGAUGUAUGGUAGAUCUUCUUAGUAGAGCAGGGCACUUUGAAGAAGCAAAACAAAUAAUUCAAAGAGUGAUCAUUUCAACUAACCCCUCUGAAGAGAAAGUAGCUUGGAGGGCAUUUCUUAGUGCUUGCUGUACUCAUGGGCAGACUCAACUUGCUGAGCUUGCCUUUGGAAAGCUCUUGGAGUUAGAGAGUGGAAGUGGAUUUUAUGUUCUACUCUCGAACUUGUACGCUUCUGUUGGAAAAGAUAGUGAUGCUAGAAGAGUGAGGAAGCUGAUGAAACAUAGAGGAGUUGAAAAGUUACCGGGAUGUAGCUUGAUUGAGAUCGAAGGUGGAGUUCAUGAGUUCGUUGCAGGAGGAAAGAUGGAUCCAUGAAUGGAAGAAAUUCACUUGGUUUUGGAGCUUAAAUAAGCAUUUAAUUAUCUAACAUACUAUUGUAUAAUGUGGCUCUUGUUUUCGUUUGAGUAGAUCUCCAUUGGCUGGUUCACAAUUUUGCAUAAUGAUCACAAACAUCUUUCUCUAUGUUUAUUUGGUUGAGUGUAAUAACUUAGGAGUGAAAAAUCAACAUUAUAAGAUUAGAUACAGUGCAUGUUGCAAACAACCCCCAAUAAGCUCAUCAUAGAAAUUUGCCUGAGGGUGGAAUCAAAGGGUACCCCAAAAGGGUGUCCCAUACCCAAAGAACCAGCCAACUAGAAUCCACUCGAGCCUUUGGAAUGCGGAUGAUUGGGCCACAAAGGGUGGUUUGGUGAAGAUUAAUUCGAGCAAGGCACCCUUCACAACCUCAUACAGAAACUUCAAUGCUUGUGUUAUGAUCUCUGCCUCAUCUUCUUGUGCUUCAAUUUCAUCAAACUCUCAAACUAAUUCAAAUUCAUGGCUCAACCAAGAGUUGAACUAUACUGGUGAGCAAUAGCUCAAUUGGGUUCAGAAGAA